CAACGGAGAUUUGGUAGAGUACAGAGGGUUUUCGUAGGCUUAGAAGGAAGUCCCCUUUCCGUGACUGCCUGGGUUUAUCUCCGUCUUUGAUCAUGUGGUGUCUCCGUCGAGCAGCUCACCCUUUCAAGAAGCAAGGUUACUGCCUUGAGGCUUCAAGGGUUUUUGGUUCAAAAUCGGACACUUCAAGUAAUGUGAGAGGCGACGGAGGUAGUAUAUGUUGCCCUGCACAAUUAAUUUCUCCUAAACUCCUUUCGGUAAAGUUGUUUCACCUCACUCCAGUUCUUGAUAGAAUCUUUGUGGGUAGUCAUAGUCUUUGUUCACUUGCGGAUGAAUGUAGUGGUGGGAAAACCCAUGUGGAAGGUAAAUUUCUGGAACCUGAAACAACUGCAACAGUCGAUGUAAUUGUGGGCAGUAAUGCCGAGGAAGAAGGUGGGGAAGUUUUAGCUUCAGAAACAGUGUUUUUGGAUGAUGAUUUUUCAGAUGCUGAAAAAGGUAAGGGUGGCGAGGACUCUCACGAGAAAAAGGCUUAUUUAGAGUUGUGCAAGGCUAUAAUGGAUAGUCCAAGCCAAUCUGUUGCCAGUAUUCUUGAUAAGUGGGUUGAGGAAGGGAAUGAUUUCGAUCAACUCACGAUUUCUGGGGUUUUCAUUGGCCUUCGGAGGCGUCCGAUGUAUAACAAGGCAUUACAGUUCUCAGAGUGGUUGGAGACUACUAAGAAAGUUGCUUUUACCGAACGAGAUUAUGCUGCUCGCCUUGAUUUGAUUGUUAAAGUUAAAGGUAUCCAAAAGGCAGAGAAGUACAUUGAGAGAAUCCCAACGUCGUUUAAAGGAGAAUUAGUAUACCAAACCCUACUAGCUGCCUUCGUCCAUCUUGUUGACAUGAACAAAGCAGAAACAGUGUUUGAGAAAAUGAGGGAGCUGGAGUUGCCAAUCACGGUCUCUGCUUUCAAUCAAAUGAUAAUUCUCUACAAGAGGCUUGACAGGAGAAAGAUAGCUGAUGUAUUGUCUUUAAUGGAGAAAGAAAAUGUCAAGCCAUCGCUUCUUACAUACAACCUCUUAAUAGACAUCAAAGGUGAGUCAGGUGACAUUGUAGUAAUGGAGCAAUUGUUUGAGAGUAUGAAGGCUGCAGGAGUAUCACCCGACGUCCAUCUUUUAACUGUCUUGGCUAAACAUUAUAUAUCUGGGGGAUUGAAACAUAAAGCUCAAAAUGUCUUGAAGGAAAUUGGAGAGGAAAAGCUGAAGGGAAGUUUUGGGGCUCGCACAGCACUGCUGGGACUCUAUGCUUCUCUUGACAAUUCUGACGAGGUGGCUAGAAUUUGGAAGGAAUGCGAAUUGUAUCCCAGGAUGAGCGAGUGCACUGCAGCUAUAGAAGCUUGGGGCAAGCUGGGAAAAGUUGAGGAGGCAGAAGCAGUCUUUGAAAUAAUGCUUCAGAAGUGGAAGAGACUCUCUUCAAUGCGGUACUGUGCACUUUUGAAAGUUUAUGUUGACCAAAAGCUUGUGACAAAGGGGAAGGAAUUUGUGAAGCGGAUGGAAGAUAGUGGGUGCUGGGUUGGCCCUUUGGCUUGGGACGCAUUGGUGAGACUCUUUUUGAUAGCUGGGGAACUGGAGAAAGCUGACUCCAUUUUGCACAAGGCAACUCAGCAGAACCGGGAAAGGCCAUCAUUCAGAACUUACAUGGUUGUCAUGGAAGAGUACGCAAAGCGGGGUGAUAUACAUAAUGCUGAGAAAUUGUUCCACAGAAUGCAGCAGUGUGGGUAUACCGGCCGUCUCAAGCCAUUUGAUAUUCUGAUUCAGGCAUAUAUCAAUGCCAAAGUUCCUGCAUACGGGUUUCUAGAGAGGAUGAAAGCAGAGAACAUAUUUCCAAACAAAGCAUUUUCCUUACAGUUUGCACAAGCUGAUCCGUUCAGGAAGAACAGGGCAUUGGAUUUGCUUGAUCUAUAAAGGUUAGCUUUGGUAGAGUUUGCAAUAUUAACGUCUAACUUAAUGCAAUUUUUUAAUAGUUUUAUAGGUGAGAGAGAGAGAGAGAGAGAGAGAGAGAGAGAGAGAGACUCAGUUUUUGUAAUUGUGACCUAGGAAUUUUCUCAAAGAGUGGUUGAUACUUUUUGAAAAACCUUUUGCUCAAGUGUUUUUAUUCUUUUGCAUUUCAA